UGCUGACAGCAGCAUCAGUGACAACACCGAAGCCGGCCCAGGGACCUGGUAAACCAAGCCUUCGCCCUCACGUGACACCGGUCGAACUCGCUGUCGCUUGUCCCGGUUGUUCACCAAGUACCACGGUCUUGGUGCCAUCCCCAAGGGAAGGACGUACAACAUUGCGCUUGACACGGUUUUUUCCCUGCUGAGCGUAAGCAGAGAGAGACAGAGGUUCUUUCGUUACGCGUGAAAUCAAUCUACUAGGGGAGAGCGCAUGGCAGUGGCGCGGGGCAGGCAGGGAAACCUAGCUCACCAUCUCUCGUCCCAGGCUCAAAGGCGUUUAUCCUCAGCAGCGAGAAGGCGGCGUGCCGGAGACUUCUUGCUAGGUCGGGGGCACCACGCCGCCGGUGGCCACGCGAAUCUAUCUUCUCCGUCUGCGUCUUCAUCGUCCCUGGGCUGCUUCGCUCCUUCCCCGGCAUGCAUAAGUACCUCAGCGACCGGCGAUGACAGCAGCGCCUGGCGCCACGGCAGCAGCAGCAGCAGCAGCAGCAACGCCGGCAGCGGCGGUUCCUUCAUCCGCUGCGAGGGAGGUGUUGCUAUCGCCAGCGCGCCCUUGCGGCGCGCUUUCAGCGCCCGAGGAUCUACCACACCGGGAUCGGCGGUUGCAGCGGCAAGCAGCGGCAGGCAGGGCAAGCAGCGGGGGUGGGGCGAGACGGAGGCCGCAGCUAGCGCGGGCGGCCGGUGGCGAGAGUUCGCCUCCGCUAGCAACCCCCCCAAGCAGUAUCUCAGGUACAUCCACAGGGUCAAGCCUGACGCCGAGGACCCCGCAGCGGGGGAGAGUACUCCGGGGUCGUCUCCAGCGGGGGACGGGGAGAAUGACGGGCAGGCAGAGGGGGGAGGGGGGGCGAAGGGGGCUCCGGGGCUGCGGGCCGAGGGCGUUGGAGAGGAGGAGGCGGAGGGGGCGGACGAUGAGGGGGCGUGGCAGGAGAGGGCGGGGAACGAGAUGAGCCGUAGGUGGCUGGAGUCCUUCCAUGCGGAGGACAUCUUAAGGGACAAGACGCUGCUCAGGCAGCAGCUCGAGGUGCGGGGCGAUUGCACGGUGGAUGAGGCGAUCACGGCAUUCGUCAACCAGAAGGUCACCUCGUUCGUCGUUGUCAACAGGAGAAAGGAGGUGAUCGGAAUGUUCACCUCGAGAGACCUUCUCGGAGAGCUGGCCAGGUACCCCAACAAGGCCGACGCCCUCAAGACGAGGGCCCACGAGUUCAUGAUUCCGCUGAGCCGAAUGAUCUACGCCUCGGCAAAGGACUCGCUCUAUCAGUGCCUGCUGGUCAUGUCGGAGCUCAAGGUACGGAACCUUCCCGUCAUCGCCGAGGGUAAGGUGAUGGGCAUCGUCAACGUGAACGACAUAAGCGACUUCAGCUUCAGCAUGGAGGAGCUAGGCGGCAAGAAGGCCUACAUUAAGAACAUCAGCCAGAGGAAAGGUCUCCCGAAGGGCGUCGGGCUUGACCCUGGUCAGAACCGGUCCGGCUGGAAGCAGACCUUCUCGGCCUCCGUGGGAGCUGUGGCCCUGCCACACCCCCACAAGAUGACCGAUGGGGGGGUUUCCGCGAACAAGAGGGAGCACAGGCACCUGGAGGUCGCCGAUGACCCCACCCUCAGCGAGGAUGCUCACUUCGUGCUGGACGUGGCCUGGCCUACGGAGACGACGGACACGGUCAACUACGUGGGCCUGGCAGAUGGCGUGGGGUCCUGGCGGAGGGUGGGCGUGGACCCGAGGGAGUUCAGUCACCGCCUUAUGCACUGGGCGAGGGAGUAUAUAGUGAGCAUGUCGCCCGGGUCGGGAAUAGGGGGAGAGGGCGUCAUGUCCCCUCCGCCCCCCAAGCCCCACGAGGUGCUCAUGGCGGCGUGGGAGUACACCAUCGGGGAGAAGGCGAGUGUGGUCGGUAGCAGCACGGCCUGCGUCGCAGCGCUGGACUACGACCUGGAGCAGCUGAGCUUCAGCAACAUCGGAGACUGCGGGGUCGUUGUCCUUCGGCACAUCGACUCGGAUGUUGCCGGCUACAUGAGGGAGAAGAAGACGCCAAGGCACCUGAGAGACUCUGACCUCCGAUUGGCCUUCAUAUCUCAGCAGCAGCUGCGCUCCUUCAACCUCCCGUACCAGUUUGGCUACACCAACGUCCCCGAGGACAACGCCAAGUUUGAAACCCCUCGAGACGCCGUCAACACGUCCUUCCCGGUGAGGCCUGGGGACAUCAUCAUCCUUGCCACCGACGGGCUGUUCGACAACAUGGAGCUCGAGACCAUCUCAUCGGUGGCACUGGAGUGGGAGACGAAGUGGUUCGGAGGGCCCAUGAGGGGCUUGAACGAGCACAACAACGCCGCCCUGGAGGAUCUCGCCGAAACCUUGGGACACAGAGCGCGGGAGCUGUCGCUGGACAACACGAGGGACUCUCCGUUCGCCCUUCUUGCCAAGGAGAACGACAUCAUGUGGGGGGGAGGCAUGCCGGACGACAUCACCGUCGUAGCGCUUAGGGUCAUCAACAAGGCCGACUCCACCGCAGAGGCUGUGUCGACUAGGGGAGUGGCGAAGGACGUCCAGACCGUCCACGAGGCGGCAGCGGCGUAAAACCCGCCGUGGGUGGAGCCCC